AGGUGUUUAACUUGACCAGCAUGCAGAUGUUACGCAGGAAGUCUCUGCUGCUCACGGGCUACCUGGAGUAUCUGAUCCAGCAUUAUUACGCCGCGGACGCCGCCCGGCCUCACAAACCUCACGUCCGCAUCAUCACGCCCUCCGACCCUCAGCAGAGAGGCUGUCAGCUGUCGCUCUCCUUCUCCGUGCCCAUCCGGAGGAUCUUCCAGGAGCUGGAGAGGAGGGGGGUCGCGUGUGACAUGAGGGAGCCCAGCGUGCUGCGCGUCGCCCCGGUGCCGCUCUACAACUCGUUCAGCGACGUCCAUCGCUUCGUGGAGACGCUGGGAGCAGCUCUGUCAGCCGGCGAGUGAAGACAGGUGAAGACAGGUGAAGACAGGUGUGCUUCACUGUCCGCACAGCGUUAAAUCCGCCCACCGGAGCGGCUCAAACACCCGGCAACACGGUCUUUCUUCCAAAAUUCCAAAAACUGAAUUUGUACUUGAAAAACCACCGAAACCUCAGAAAUAAAACGAAAA